UUUCGUACUUCUGCGAGCCAAAUUUGGUCGAAUUCGGAAACAUGGCUCGCUUCUUCGUCUUCUUCAUGCUCACCGUAUCGGUGGCUUACGCAGCGUCCAUCGGGCGGCGACAGCCGUUCCAGCAACAGCAGCAGCAGCAGCAGCAGCAGCAGCAGCAGCAGCGGCGGCCGGGGUGGUGGUCCCCUAGCUCCUCUUACGGCUCCGGAAACAGCUACGGUCGUGGCUUUGGAGGUGGGAGCUUCGGCAGUGGGAGCUUCGGCAGUGGCGGCUACGGCUAUGGCGGCUACGGCGAUGGCGGCUACGGCACCAGUGGCGGCUAUGGCGGGGGCGGCUACGGAGGUGGCGGCUACAGCGGUGGACAUGGUAGCAGCGGUGGGGGCUACGGUGCUGCCGGCUUCGGAUAUGGAGGUCACGGUGGCGGAAGCUAUGGUGGCGGCUAUGGUGGAGCAGGACGUAGGGGGCAGCAGCAGCAGCAACAGCAGCAGCAAAACCAAUCUCCACAGUUUUUCCGACAAGGGUAGCUUCAGGGACAGCACCCUGUGUUGUCGAAGAAAAAAAAUUCUUUGGCCAAUCGACAGUUAUAGCAUAAUAGGCCUGCUCACUGAUUAUGGCGGAUAAAAAAAGUAUUCGGUAAAUACGUGUGCGUUUCUUGGCAAAACGCGGCUGUUUUUGUUUUUCUACGUAUGUCGCAAAUGAGGUUCAACGAAAGCUGAAGUUGAAUACCUCGUGAGCAUGAAGAAUUAACUAGGAAAUAACAUGUACGAACGGAGGAAAGAAAGAAAACAAGUGGACGAAGAAAAGAAACUGUUUCGGAAGAAGUGAUCGCACAAAAUGUAAAGAUAAUAAGUUGUCCUAAUUACUGGAAAAUAAAUAGUGAUGAUAAUAA